GUUGACAGUGGUCUAAAUUUCUUCCGUAAAUGUGUCUGAUCUAACGGUUGAAGAUGCCUCACGAUUUUAUCGAUGAUGAACGCAGCCCUUUGCUGAAAACAAUUCCCCCAGUUACCGAUGGCCCUGUGGGUGUGCCGAGUACAGUGGUGGAACCCCCUAGUGUGUACAAGAGCCGAUGGUGGUCCAUUCGGGUAAUGUAUCUCACCAUGUUCCUGAGCAGUGUCAGCUUCUCCAUCUGCAUGUCCUCACUGUGGCCUUAUCUGCAAGUGUUGGAUAAAGAUGCUAAUGCAGACUUUCUGGGCUGGGUCGUUGCUGCAUACAGCCUGGGUCAGCUGAUUGCCUCCCCUUUCUUUGGUUGGUGGGCAAACUGUCAGAUGAACAGCCGUCAGCCACUGGUUGUCUCCCUUGGCAUCAACAUCCUGGCUAAUAUCAUGUACAUCUAUAUAGAGAGUAUCCCCGACUACAGACGUUACUGUCUCUUAGUCGCCAGGUUUUUCAUUGGGUUUGGUGCAGGUAAUGUGGCGGUUGUCAGGUCGUAUGUCUCUGGAGCUACAACUAUAAAGGAGAGAAUAACGGCCAUGGCAAAUAUGAGCGCUUUUCAGGCAGUUGGCUUCAUCAUAGGACCAAUUUUCCAGACAGCCAUGGUUCCCAUUGGUUACCCGGGUCCUGUCCACUGUAAGGCAUUCUACCUGAACCUGUACACAGCGCCUGCGCUCCUCAGCGGCAUCUGCGGCGGAGUUAAUGUGCUGCUCCUGUUCCUUGUCUUCAGAGAACACAGAGUUCAUGAUGAUGAGGACAUCCACUUCAGUAUUCAGCAGCCCUCCACAUCCUUGCCAGCCUUUGACUAUAAGCCAGACUACUGCGGUGUUGCCAGCUCAAUCAUCUUGUUCUUUGUCGUUCUCUUUGUCUUCUCUGUAUUUGAGACGAUUGGGACACCGUUAACAAUGGACAUGUUUGACUGGACAAAACAGAAGGCGACAUUAUACAAUGGGGUGGUGUUGGCUGUGGCAGGGGUCAUCUCUAUAGGCGUUUUCAUGGUCCUCAAGGUCAUUGCUAAGAGGGUAAAUGAGCGAUUUCUGCUGCUGGGUGGGUUUGUUUUUUGCCUGGGUGGCUUCCUGACCUGGCUUCCCUGGGGUGACAGUUAUCCCAACCGGUCUCUUGCUCCGGUUAACCCACCUGGUAACUACAGUUUUAACAUUACGACAGAUAGCCCCAGCAAUGCCACAGUGGAGCCGGUAGGGUGCCCCUGGGAGUACAGCUGGUGUGCCUACACUCCCAAGAUCUACCUGGCUCAGUUCUUUGGGGGCACGCUGCUCAUUGCCAUAGGGUACCCGACUUGUAAUGUCAUGUCUUACACACUCUUCUCUAAAAUACUCGGCCCCAAACCCCAGGGCAUAUGGAUGGUUCUUACAGCUGCUGGAAGUUUGGCCAGGACUCUGGGUCCAAUCUUUGUCAGCCAGAUUUACGCAAGCUCGGGCCCCAGGAUUACUUUCAGUUCUAUGUGUGGACUUAUUGUUAUAACAGUGGUAUUUCUCAUCACUAUCUUUAAAAAACUCAUUCCAUUUUCAUUCUCAUUUUCUUUAGAGCAACGAAGGUGAUAAUAGAAUGAAUGUGUUGAUUGUGUGUAUUUGUGUGAAAUGAGAAGGAAUCAUGGUUUUAGUAUGCCCAGCUAUAUUGAUGUUGCCCGGGAUGAUAAAUGUGAUAGUCUCAAGCAUAUUGUUGUAUUAAUUACAAAAGAUUUGUAUAUUAUAUAUAUUUAUACAUUCAUUUGUUUUAUCUCAGAUAUUUCUGAAGUUUAUUGAUAUCUAAUUUGGUUAAUUAGUGUGAAUUUACAGGAGAUAAUAAGAUAUGAAAGUCCAUUUUAAUACUUCUGUGCAGGCAAGGUAACUUAAAAUUGAUCUAUUUUGCUCAGCAGUAUGUUUGUUUUCCCCCAUUUGUUUUUCCUCAAAAUCACUAGGUUUUUCACCAAGAUGAACAAAAAAAAAUCAUUUCUAUUAUCCAUGGGUUUGAUAUGGAUUGUGUUUUUAGAUCUACAAUAUUUUCAGUCUUGCCUUAAUUUUGCUGUGCUUUCCACAUAUAACUUUACUGGUGAUGGCACAGGAUUAUGCAAUGAUUGCAUCCCAAGGUGCACCCAUUUUUGGUGUCUUCAAACAGAAGCUGUGACAAUAAGUUUGUUUUAUUUAUUAAAGUAUUGUUCAAGUUUCACACAGGUCACACACUUGUACAAAGCACUUUAUGAAGAAACCGUUUAGCCAAUACAACCUCCACUCACUAGUCAUAGAUCUAACCCCUCCCUCCCUCCCCCCCUCCCCCCCCCAAAAAACAAACAAAAGAAAUACAUGGAUGAAUGGAUUUUUUUCCUUUGAAAUUAGAAUUACAAGGAAUGAGUUCUAUAAAAUAUUGUAUUUCAUCAGCUUUGAAGCUUAACAAAGAGGGUGUUAGAAAAUACUCAAGACUUAUCUGUGUUUAAAUAAACUACUUUUGAGUGUGGUCUUAAUGAAAUGAGCGACCCCAAGAGUGUGUUAUUGCCAUUGUUGUAUAUGUUGUGUGAUGUAAUGUUUUUAUGUUAAAAACGUUAUCACAAGAAUAACUUACAAAAACAUGUGAACAAUCCUUGGAUCCCUAGGUGAAUACUAGGGAUACUUAUUUUAUUUUAAUUGAAUAAAAUGUUAUACUUUUAUACAAAUUUGAAAUAAAUGUGUUCAUCUGAAGGCAGACUG